AUGUCACGCUUUGGUGACUACGGAGGAGGUGGUGAACGCUGGAACGCGGAGCGAUUCAACCGUGAACGAGGCGGACGUCAAGUGAUCGAGCGUGACCGUUUCGAAGAACAUGAACGCUAUGCGCCACCUCGAGCUGGUGGCCGAGAGACUGCUGUCGAAGAGUUCCAAUCCCCUCCUCCUCGUGUUGCGCGUGGUGAACGUUUCGAGGAGAGAGACCGCAUGUUCGAAGAAGAGAGAUUCGGCCCACCUGCUCGCAGGUCAGUGGGCAGACAGCAGCGCUAUUACGAGGAGGAGGACAUCGAUAACUUUGAGAGUAGUCCCAGCAGGGGGCCAGAGCCACUGGGCCGAAGGGGCUACGAGGCGACGCGAGCGCCUCCCAGGCCAGGCAUAAUCCGUCGACAGAGUAGCCUAGACACGUUUGAUCGGAAGCCGCUACCUAGAUACCCCAGGGAACCACCUGAGGUUAUUGCCAUGCCAGCUCCCGGUAGACGCAGGAGAAGCCCACCCCGAUACGAACGAGACUUUGAAGAAAUUAGGAUUGCAGAACCAGACUAUUACGGCGAUGAAGAGUUCAGAGGAUACAAGGAGAGAGAAGUUUCUACGGUCAGAAGGAGGAGGGGUGCUGAACCCGAGUUCGAAGAGAGGGAGAGUUUUGAGGUCGAAGAAGAAGAACCCUUUCCAAGGAAAGGCAAGACUAGAAUGCCGGGGAAAUUGGUGAACAAGCGAGCUAUUAUAGAGCUAGGCUAUCCGUUCGAAGAAGAGGGCGAAAUGGUCAUCAUCUUGAAGGCUUUGGAUAAAGAGCGGAUUGAUGAAGUUAUCAACGUCAGCAAAGAGAUGAAUCGUGGCGCAAGCCGCACCACAUACAUGAUCGAAGCUCCGCCGCAUCCACCAGAGGAAGUUAUUGAGCGACGCGAAAUCGUCAUUCCAGAAAUCAUGCUUCCCCCACCGCCAUCCGAAGUGCCACGUUCAGUCCGCGAGUGGGACGUUAUGGGUGGCUCUAUUCCUGGUGGACAUUCUGAGCAUGGUGGCGGUCAUUCCGAGCAUGGUGCGAAGUCUACUCAUGGUGGAAAGUCUACUCACGGCGGAAAGUCUACUCACGGCGGAAAGUCUACUCAUGGCGGGAAAUCCACGCAUGGCGGCAAGUCCCACCACGGUGGUGGUAAAUCUACGCACGGUGGCCAUUCAACCAAAGGAGGCCAUUCGGUCAAAGGCGGCCACUCGACAAAAGGCGGCCAUUCGACAAAAGGCGGUCAUUCAACGAAAGGCGGUCAUUCAGAGGAAGGCGGCGAGUCCGAAAGCGAGUCCAGUAGCAGCAGCAGCAGCCCCUCUGAACCUUCGGUCAUAAUUGAGAAGAGGUCAACCCGCAGCAAAUCUCGCCAUCGAUCCAAGUCGGUCGGGCACGGCGAGGUCAUAGAGGAAAUUGGCGAGUCAAAUGCCAUGCACAACGGUCCUUUGGCCUUGGUCCUUCCUCACCGUGAGAAAGAGCGCAACAACAGCAGAGACGAGCGUAGCAUUAAGGCUGAGAUACGAGCCCUUGAAGCGGAAAAGAAGAAGCUGAAGAUCGAGAGAGAGAUUGAGAAGGAGCACAGAAAGGAGAAUAAGUAUGAUGAAGUCAUCAUAGAGAGGCGUGAGAAGGAUGUCAAGAUUGAGAAGGACCGCAAAGCGCCUGACUCGAGACUCUACCACGUCCUCCAUAGCCGAAAUCACAAAGCCACCGCUCCGCCUGUCUCUGACCCAACCCACAAGAAGUCCACCUCAAAUUUCUCAAGCCCACAGAGGCCCGUUCCCAAUGUACCAAAGGUUCCGGAAAAGAAGCUCAAGACUACGAACACUGGAUCGGGUGGAGACGUGAGGUUGACGCAAUGCCCGCGUUGCAAGCGCUUUGCGGACAAAUAUGUCGAGCACGACUUUGUAGUGUUGUUUAUUGAUCUGGUGCUUGUGAAACCACAGGUCUACAGACACCUUUUGUUCAAUCGCCUCUCUCGUGAUGAUGAUGAGCUCGACCCCUCCAUCACCCGCCUCGGCACCCUUCUCCUCCUCUUCGACGUCUACCUUACCUGGUCCCACAUCGAAUCCUUUCCUCCACCCCUCACAGCCAGUUCGCCAAUCCCAACGCUCCCCGUACUCCUCCAAUACGCUUUCUACUUCUUCCUCUGUGCCUUCACCACACUUUCUCAGCACUUGACCAUCCGUUGGCUGGCUAUUGUUUGGCGGCUUGGUGCCACAGCAAAGGAUGAGCAUAGCAAUGAAGGCGGCCCCAGCGUCAAUUCUGGUGGUAACACCUUCGCUCCAUUUCCAGCUCCGCCGAAGAAGCCAACCCCUAAUUCCAUCUCCACGGCUCUGUUUGUCAGCUCCUGCCUGUCCUUAUUUCCCAUCUUGAUGGAUGUCUGGAAGUAUGGUGAUACAUCAGAAGCCACGAAUCCUACCACGACCACGGAACCACCACUCAACAGCUCCAGCGUGACAUUUGUGUUUAGCUUCCUCUCCACGCAAGGCGGAGGCGUUGAUUGGGUGCGACGAGGUGUUGCAUGGGCUGUUGCUGUCCAGAACAUGGAGGCGUUGAGGAUACUACUGGGAUGCAGAUAUUUGACAGCUUUGGGCUUGGUAGCUGCUGGUGGAGCGGUAAAGUGGGUAGUCAGAAGUAUAAUAUUGGGAACUGUUGGACUUGGAGCCGAAGGAUGA